CCAGUACACACACUACCUCAUUAUCUUUCACUUUUCUUUUCCUUUCUCUCCUACCUGUUUUGAAUGUGUUUUCUCAUCUUUUUGGGUCCCUUUGAAUCUAUAACCACUACAUAGCUCUCUAGAGCUUAUCUUAUUUUCUUCUAUCACUCUUUCUUAGCUAUAGUUACAACCUUAAUGCCUGAUAACAUGAGUAUAUCUGUUAAUGGACAAUCUCAAGUUCCUCCUGGAUUUAGGUUUCAUCCAACUGAAGAAGAGCUUCUUCAAUAUUAUUUGAGGAAAAAAGUCUCUUAUGAGAAGAUUGAUCUUGAUGUUAUUCGUGAUGUUGAUCUCAACAAGCUUGAACCAUGGGAUAUACAAGAGAAAUGCAAAAUAGGAACAACUCCACAAAAUGAUUGGUACUUCUUUAGCCACAAAGACAAGAAGUAUCCAACUGGAACACGAACCAAUCGAGCCACGGCUGCAGGCUUCUGGAAAGCCACUGGCCGUGACAAAGUUAUAUAUAGCAAUGGAAAAAGGAUUGGAAUGAGAAAGACUCUUGUUUUCUAUAAAGGUCGUGCCCCUCAUGGCCAAAAAUCUGAUUGGAUCAUGCAUGAGUAUAGACUAGACGAUAAUACCACCACUAGUGACACCAAUCUGGUGUCAAAUGUGAUUAGUGAUGGUGGUCAAGAAGAAGGAUGGGUGGUGUGUAGGAUAUUCAAGAAGAAGAAUCAUCUCAAAACCCUAGACAGUCCUUUAGGCUCAGGAGAGGGAAGAAGAAACCAACACUUGUAUGAUGCUUGUGAUGAAGGAGCUUUGGAGCAAAUACUUCAACAAAUGGGAAGGAGUUGCAAGGAAGAGAAUUAUGAAGCAAACUACAAUAAUUAUGGAAGGUUUUCAAGGCCUUUUGAUCAAACUAGCAUCACUAACAAUGGUGGUUAUAGUAAUGAAAGGUACAUGAAACUUCCUAGCUUAGAGAGUCCAAAAUCAACAAGCAUGGACAACAAUGACAACAAUAAUGAGUAUCAUGCACUUAUUCAAGAAAAUGAAGGGUCAUUCACUAAUCACCAUAAUAACAUGGUUAAUAAUCCAUUAGAGGCAUCAUCAUCAUCAAUGUUGAUAGCAUCAUGUGGUGGUGGUCUCACUAAUUGGGUAGCUUUGGAUAGGCUUGUUGCUUCUCAAUUGAAUGGACAAACUGAGGCUUCUAGGCAAUUGGCUUGCUUCAAUGACCCCACAAUGGGAUAUUGCACUAAUGAUCAUGAUCUUCAACUUCCUACCCUUAGAUCAUCAUCAUCAACUUCAUCAUUAUCGACGCAUGCUCGAGCUGGUACUACUACUACUGCUACCACUACCGCUACCACUACCGCUAAUGCUUACAUUAGUCCGUCACAAGAUUAUGGUAGUGAGAUUGAUCUUUGGAAUUUCGCUCGAUCAACUUCUUCCUUGUUGACAUCUUCAGAACCACUAUGCCACGUGUCAAAUACGUCUAUGUGAUACAAUAAUAUUAAAAUAAUAUCCUCCCUUUUUUAUUUUCUUUUCUCCUCCUCUUUCUCUUCCCUUGUUUGAUUGUGAAAUAGAUAAAUAAUUAGUCUUGAUAUAUCACAUAUAUAAUUUUUAGUUUAUUUUUCUUUCUCAAGUCAAUAAGGGAAUAUAUUAUAUAUUACAGAAUGUUAAAUGAGAUAAUGUUUUUAGUUAUA